CUAGUAUACGUUAAAUCUAUUUUAUACUACGUAUAUGUGAAGUCUGGGAGUCAAAACAUGAUAAUUCAGUUCCAUCUCUUACCCCGCUGCCCAAUUCAGUGCACUUUCACGCUGCAGGAUUAACCACUUUUACCUGCUUUUUUAACCCUGAUAUUAUGGCUGCGGCAAGGGCGGUGGUGCUGCCCCGACCCGUGACCUUUGUGACCGGAAACGCGAAGAAGUUGGAGGAGGUCCGAGCUAUCCUCGGCGGAUCAAUCCCUUUCCAAUCCCUCAAACUCGAGCUUCCAGAGCUACAAGGAGAACCAGAAGAGAUUUCCAAGGAGAAGGCUAGAAUUGCUGCUAAAGAGGUUAAUGGACCCGUGCUAGUGGAAGAUACCUGUCUCUGUUUCAAUGCAUUAAAGGGACUUCCAGGGCCUUACAUCAAGUGGUUUCUGCAGAAGAUUGGUCAUGAAGGUCUCAACAAUUUAAUAAUGGCAUAUGAGGAUAAAUCAGCAUAUGCUAUGUGUAUCUUUUCUCUUGCACUUGGACCAAACACGGAACCAAUUACAUUUGUCGGCAAAACUCCAGGAAAGAUUGUUGCAGCAAGGGGUCCGAAUGACUUUGGAUGGGAUCCUAUCUUUCAGCCGCAUGGAUAUGAGCAGACUUAUGCUGAGAUGCCAAAGGACGAAAAAAACAAGAUCUCUCACCGCUCCAAGGCUCUUACACUAGUGAAGUCACACUUUUCUGAAGCCCGAUAUGCUUUCCAGGACGAGAAGGAAACCUAACCUUUGGACAACGGUUUCACUUUUUAACUUACAUUGGUAUUUAGAACAGAUUCAUCCUAGAUGCUAGGUAACAUCUUAUACACUCUGCGUUCUAAUGGUUUCAAUUUCAACAUUCUGCACACAGACUAAUUAAAUGAUGUUUUUUCUCGAGUCAAGGCAAUGACUCCAGGGAUGUGCAAGUUUGUUCAUAAGAAGCAAUUAUCUAUCUGAUAUAAUAUCGUAUGUAAGAAGACCCCAAUUCCCCAUUUUAUACCCAAGAGCUAGUAAAGCGCUGUUAAUGUCACAAUUAGCAUUUGACAAUUGAGAUGCAUCAUGUAUGAAACAUAACUUGAGAGAUAGUGCACAUAUAUUCAUAACAAAAACAUUUAUAUG